CUGCUCUCGCGGCCAACCAUCGGCAGCUGCGCAGGGCUGGCUGAGAGGUGCUAGAAGCUGCGGGCCGGUCCAUCUUGAAGGCAAGAAAGCUUCUCUCGAUCUCCCCUCCGGUCCCUCUCCUCCCUCCCCCAACAAAAAUAUCCCCCACAUGCGGCAGCCAUUGUAUUUAAGGGCAAGUGGACCAUGAGGCCAGAGAGGCCAGACAGGCGCCAUGUUUGAUAUGAUCAAGGGAUGGCGCCCUUAAGAGUAGCCAGUGACCACUGAAGCCAGGAUGUCGCCAUAUUUUCUGAAGGCACCUUCCGGGUCCCUUAACCCGGAUGUCUAUGUCCAAGCUGCCAUGAGGCGAAUAAACACCGAGGGGGUUUAUUUGUCCCCAUCAGAAUCCCCGAAUUCCUAACAGCUGGUCUCCGCUACUUCGGUUCCUCGGCUGCGUUCGGACGCCAAGGCUGGGCGGGGCCCCGGCCUCGGGAGCCCUUCCUGUGGACGACGAAAGCUGAGGCCGGGAGCGGGGAGGCGGUGGCACCGGGGACAAGGCGGCCGCUGCUCGGGGCCGGGAAGCCCCAUGGCGCCGCCCCCAGCCCCACUUCUGGCGCUGAGGCCGGGGGAGACCCGGACUGGUUGUAAGAAGCCCGUGGCCGUGAGCUUCGCGGACGUGGCUGUGUACUUCUCCUCGGACGAGUGGGGGUGUCUGCGGCCCGCGCAGAGGGCCCUGUACCGGGACGUGAUGCGGGAGACCUACGGCCACCUGGGCGCGCUCGGAUUCCCAGGCCCCAAACCAGCCCUCAUCUCUUGGAUGGAACAGGAGAGUGAGGCUUGGAGCCCCGCCGCCCAGGAUCCUGAGGAGAGGGAAAGCCUGGGAGAAGCUCUGAGAGGAGAGGCCCCAAACAAGAAGGAAGAGGAACCCAAGGAAGGGCCAGGAGCCAAGGGACCCAGAAAGACUUCUGGGAAGGAGUGGCCUAAAGAGCUGAUUCAGCACAACCCUGACCCAACCAUCAGCAAGGCCUUGGCAAGAGCACAACCACCCAUGAAAGCUGCCUGGGACCAGAGCACAGGUGUGCAGCCCCCGGUCCCAGUGCCCAGCGUGGAUGCUCCCACCAGCCAGCGGCGCCACGUGUGUGCAGACUGUGGCCGCCGCUUCACCUACCCCUCGCUGCUGGUCAGCCACCGGCACAUGCACUCUGGUGAGCGGCCCUUCCCCUGCCCUGAGUGUGGCAUGCGUUUCAAGAGGAAAUUCGCAGUGGAAGCACACCAGUGGAUCCACCGCUCCUGCUCUGGAGGGCGGCGGGGCAGGAGGCCUGGGAUCCGGGCUGUGCCUCGGGCCCCAGUCCGGGGUGACCGGGACCCGCCUGUGCUGUUCCGGCACUACCCAGACAUCUUUGAGGAAUGCAGGUGAGCAGCUCCUGCAGGCUGGGGUUGAGCCUGACCUCGGCGCUAAGGACUGACUGGGUCAGGGAUCUGGGAACCAAAAUUCAUCCUUUGGGCUUCCCUCAAGGAUCCCUCAAGUAUCCAAACUUGUAAAAAGAAAAGUGCCUGUAAAGAUUCAAAUAGAUUAAACUUGACACCCCUCUCCCCAGUCUUUCUAGAAAAAUGAAGAGAGUAAGAUGCUGGACUUCUCUCAAGUGUUAUCUCAGUAGCAGGUGCAACCAACAUCUUUCCAUUGUGUCAAAAAAAAAAAAAUCCCCUUGUUGCUUAUCUACAUCAGAGGUAACUGCAGAGGGGGACUAAGACUUGGAGAGGGGGCCCCAGAUGGAGGAGGGCAUGGACAAGCCCCAGCUAACUGACGCCAGCAGGAAGCCCAGGAAGUGAAGUGGGUGGAAAGAGUGGAAAGCACCUGGCACAGAUCUAGUCUCUGCAGCUUGCCCCAAGGCACAGCUGGUAUGUCACACACCCGCCCUGAGCUCAGCUCCCUCAUCUGUAAAAUAAGGAUCAAUUAUAUCUACCUCAAAGGGUUACGGUGAAGACUGAAAUUUUAACAUCAUAUGUAUGACAUAGUAAAUGUGCAAUAAAGAUUUGUUGAGUGAAUUACUGUCAACAUUUUAUGCUUCAGAAAGUGUAAAGAAGCCUGCUAAGGAGGCAGGGCAUGGAUAUCAGUAGCCGUGUUUUGCAGAUGAGUAAACUGAGGCUCAGAGAGAUUAAGUGAUUUUCCCAAAGUUUCACUGCUAUAAGGCAACAAUGCUGGAAACUGACACAGAGCCCAGAUAUUUCUACCACAUCCUCUGAACAGUCAUAUCUGGGCAGAACGUGGGUCAGAGGCUCACAGGUGACAUGAGGUGAGAACAGAGUUCUGGGCAGGGAGCUAGCCGGACAGCAAACAAGGGCCACUGCAGGAAAAGGUUUUUUGGUCCUUAGUUCUCAGCCAGAGAGUGGCCUCCCCCUUGGGGCUAGGGGUGGCUUCUCAGGAUGCAGGACCCAGCCCUGCCUGUCUAGGGGACACUCAGCAGGAAACUGAGAGCUCCACCAAGGCCAGUGAACUUUCACUUAGAAAGUGCAGUCAACAUGCAAUGAUCAUUUAUUGAAUGCCUUCUGUUGGAGAGACUGCAGGUGAUAAGGGAAUUCUGGGAUGAGGAAGGUUGACCCCAUUCAUUCAUUCACCAAACACCAAGUCCUCUGUGGGUUUUCGUGCUAGGCUCCAGGGACAUGCUGAUUCAGGUGCCACAUUCCAUGUGGGAAGAGAGUGACUGGGGCUUUAAUGGAGGAAGUCCAGAGGCACCACCUAACCCAUCCUGGUUUGUGAUAUGCCGGGAAGUGCAGCUUGGAGAAGGAGAUGGUUGUGUUCCCCAUAGCAUUACAUAGGAAUUGGUGUGUGGUGAGAUGUUCAGGCAGAAGGAGCAGCAAGGGAGCCUUGUUUCAUAGAAAGGAUAAGAGAUGGACACAGUGUGGAGUAGAGGUUCUGAGCAUGGGCAUUGGAGUCAGACUGGGUUCAGAUCCUGACUGACUUGCUUUAUCGUAGUGCAAUCUGGGGCAAGUCACUUCUUGCCCCAAGUCACCUCUCUGUGCCUUAGUUUCUUCAUCUAUAAACCCCAGAUAAUAAUAGCACCUGUCUCAUAAGAUUGAUGUAAGGAUUAAAUAAGAUAAUACAGAACGGGGCCUUGCACAUUAGCAUUUAAUAAGCAUUGGUUAUUGUUAUUCUAAUACAAUACAAAAUAGUAGUUGAACAGGACCAACAGGAGACCUGGGCAGGUCUUCUGAAUCAAGGAAGGUUUCCUGGAGGAGGUGGUUCAAACUGGCCUUGAAAGAUGAGAAAGACUUCAAUCAGGAUGGGCAUGUAGAGGGAAUGGUCAGCAGUUCCCCUUGACUGAAACGUAAAGAACUAAGUAAAGAAUAAUGGAAGGUGGAGGCAGUCUUGGGAGGGCCACAGAUCCCAAUAGAUGAGCUUGUAGGCAAUGAGGAGCCAUAGAAAGUUCUUGAGCAGGAGCAGGGCUGUUUGACAGGUGCUGUCAGAAGAUGUCUGUAAAGCAGUGUGAGGCGUGACCUGUGGGAGAAGACUGGACACCAGACAUCUGUUGAGCAUCUGCUUCCAGAUGGGAGUGAUCAGGAGCUAGACUAAGCUAAAAAGCAAGACUUUUUCUCCAAGUUGCUCUUGUUUGCUGACCUUAGAAUUGGGAAGAAAGAUAUUCAUAAGAGGCUUCUGCCAUAGAAUCUGCAUGGCUCAGUGACUGACAAUAUAAGCUGCGAACAAGUAAGUCCCAGAGGUUUCAAGUAUGGAGAGCUGGAGCAAGGGGGCCUGAGUGCUGGGCAAGGGGCACUCAGUAGUGGGAGGGUGUGAAGGCCAAGGGGUGACCAGUACUGGAGAGGGGAGAGUCAAAGAGAAGGUGGAGCUGGAGAGAGGAGGUGCCACCAGGGAGCGGGGAGCAGAACCAGGCCCAGUACCUCAAGCACCGAGCUGCCCAGGUCAGCAUAGAGUGAGUGCUGUCUGCUCGCUCUCUCUCAUUUUUUCAUUUAACAAACAUCUACUAAGCAUUGACUGUGUACCAGGUACUAUUCUACGUGCCAGGUUAUAGCAGGGAAAACAGACAUAAGAGUCGUCUUGGAGCUUACAUUCGAGUAGGGUGGGGACAAGCCAUAAGCCAGUACAUAAAUAAGAUGAAGUGGUGUAAUUGCAAAUAAUAAGCACUACUAAGGAACUAAAACAGACAACGUGCUGAAAGUACCUGUUGCGAAUGGAUUCUUAGACCAGGCCUUGGUGAGGAGGAGACAUUUGGGCUGAGAUCUAAAUGAUGAGGAGCCAAACGGGUCAGGUUGCAGGACGUAGGAGUGGGAGAGGGCAGGGUU